AUGAUUGUCACUGACCUGACAUGUCACAUUACAGAGUAUAAGAUAAGAAACAAAUGCUGCCCUUUGUGCCCUGCUGGGAAUCGAGUGAAAACAGACUGCACUGAGUUCAGAGAUACAUCCUGUCUACGCUGUGCUGAUGGAACAUAUAUGGAGACUCCUACUGGGAAAAAGCAUUGCAACCCAUGCAAGAGAUGUGAUGAAGGUGAAAUGUCUCAUUUUAUUCCUCAUUCUGGUCUGAGGCUAAAAAUCAGAUGUUCACGAUCAUCAGAUACAGUUUGUGAAGCUCUGGAAGGACAUUUCUGUACUGAUGUUAUUGAAGGCAGCUGUAAUGCUGCAAAAAAGCACAGCAGCUGUAAACCUGGACAAUAUAUUAGCAAGAAAGGAACGUUGCUGUCAGACACUGAAUGCUCUGAAUGCAGCAGAGGAACAUUUUCUAAUGGUUCAUUAACACUCUGUCAGCCACACACACAGUAA